UUAAGCUCGAAUUGGUCUAACUACGCAGCCGUUUUAAUUGACAUUUAUUAAAAACAUAAGGUUUAGAAUUUUUUCACUUUUAAUAUUGUAAAAUAAAAUGUCCGUCAUUAUUCUUUAUGGCAUGGACAUCAGUUCACCUGUGCGUGCAUGUUUGUUAACGUUGAAAGCGCUCGGGCUUAAAUUCGAAUUUAAGCAUGUGAAUGUAUUGGCCGGUGAGCAAUUAACUGGCGAACUAAUCAAACACAAUCCACAACAUACAGUUCCCACGCUGAAUGACAAUGGCUUCUGGUUGUGGGACUCACAUGCCAUCUGUGCUUAUCUUGUGGACAAGUAUGCCAAGAAUGAUGCACUGUAUCCGCGAGAUUUGGCAUUACGCGCUCGCGUCCAUCAACGGCUUUUCUUCGACGCCAGUGUACUUUACAUGGCGCUGCGCAGUAUUAGUCAAGCCAUGUUCCGUCAUAAUAUUUCCAUUGUGCCGCGAGAGAAGACACAGGGAAUUAUCGAGGGUUAUGUUUUGAUUGAGAGCUUUUUAGAAAAAAGUACCUAUCUAGUGGAUGAUCGUUUGACUAUAGCGGAUUUUUGCUGUGUUGCUACCGUAUCGUCAUUUGCAGGCAUAGUCGAUUUGGAUGCCAAAAAGUAUCCCAAAUUAAGUGCAUGGAUGGAACGAAUGAAAAAACUGCCAUACUAUGAAGAGGCGAACGGCAGAGGAUGUAAAAAAUAUGUGGAUAUACUAAAGUCACGUCUCACCGCCAUAGUAUCGUGAAUAAAUAAAUAAAUAAACAAAUUUAUAAAAGUUAUACAGAA